AGACGUGUUUUAAAACGUAGGGGUAUGACUCAGCUCAGCCAUAACUCCAGACCCAGCGUUGCUCACGGAGAAGCUCACAACAGAUCUAACUCUGGCAUCAGCUUCUCACGAAGAAACUCGGAGCAGCAAUGACCAUGUUUAGAGCCAUGCACCUCCUUCUCAGGAGGGACAACAGCAGAGCUGCGGGAACCUUGCUACGUAGCUUCUCCACUGCGCCUUCCAACUGCCAGAGGCUAGCCGGCAAGGUGGCCGUCAUCACCGGCGCCGCCAGCGGCAUCGGCAAGGCCACAGCCGUCGAGUUCAUCCGGAACGGCGCCAAGGUCAUACUCGCGGACAUCCAGGACGACGUCGGCCGCUCCGUGGCGGCCGAGCUGGGCCCCGACGCCGAGUACACCCGCUGCGACGUGACCGACGAGGCGCAGAUCGCCGCGGCGGUGGACCUCGCCGUCGCGCGCCACGGCCAGCUCGACAUCCUCUACAGCAACGCCGGAAUCUCCGGCUCCUCCGCGCCGGCGCCCCUGGCCGCGCUCGACCUCGCCGACUUCGACCGCGUCAUGGCGGCCAACACGCGCUCCACGGUGGCCGGCGUCAAGCACGCCGCGCGCGUCAUGGUGCCGCGCCGCAGCGGCUGCAUCCUCUGCACGGGGAGCACCACGGGCAUGCUCGGCGGGGUCGCCGCGCUCCCGUACAGCCUCUCCAAGGCCACUGUGGUCGGCGUGGUGCGGCUGGUGGCGGAGGAGCUCGCGCGCGCCGGCGUGCGCGUCAACGCCAUCUCGCCACACGCCAUCGCGACGCCGCUGCUGGUCCGGUCGCUGGCGAGGGCCAACCCGGGCGUCGGCGACGAGGCGCUGAAGCGGAUGGUGGAGAGGGGCAUGAGCUCGCUCCAAGGGGCCGUGCUGGAGCCGGAGGACGUGGCCAGAGCAGCCGUCUACCUGGCGUCCGACGAGGCCAAGUACGUCACCGGCCAUAACCUCGUGGUGGACGGCGGCUUCACGGUCGGGAAGCCCAUCAACCUGCACCCGGCGAGCUGAGGAUCCCCUAACGUUGUCUCCCAUGUUAGCCCGACAAUCAUAAUGAAUCUGUAAACGUGGCUCUCCACCGAUGCCAGAAUGAAAAACGAAAAGCUCUUGGACUGUAUUAUUAUGCGGUUAUAUGUAAAUGUACGUUGCAAGGGUGGUAGUAGUACAAUUUUCUCUUAAA